AUGUUACCAGGCCCGCCGGAACACCAACAUAAUGGGGGAUUACUGUUGGUCACUUCACCGGGAAGUUCAGCAACCUCGGAAACUGGACGGAGCAUUGACGACGAUACGGCACGAAAACGGAGAAAACGAGUAUGGAAAGAAAACAUAGUAAGACUCGGAAGUUGGAACAUUACAUCAUGGAGCAACAAAGACUAUGAGGUGGUCUUAGAAAUAGAGAAAAACAAAAUAGAUUUCUGCGCACUUUCAGAGACUAAGAAGAAAGGCAAUGGCAGUCAAAAGUACCAAAACUACAUACUGUUUUAUAGUGGAGUCGACAAGAACUUGCGAGCACGGGGAGGAGUAGGGUUAGUAGUGAAUAAAAAAUUUGAAAAAGAUAUUAAGGAAGUACAGUAUAUAAGUCAUAGCAUCAUACAGAUAACAGUAGAGCUGGCCAACGAAAGAACACACCUACUAAGUAUAUAUGCACCGGAUGUAAGCAAACCGAAAGAAGAAAGGGAAGCUCUUUUUGAUGCCUUGCAAGCUACGUUAGACAAAAUACCCAGUAAAGACAAAGUGUUUAUUAUGGGCGACUUUAACUCAAGAAUUGGAAACACAGUUAUCCCAGGAAUCAUGCAUAGUUUCAACGAAGAAGCAGUGAAUGAUAACGGAGAUAUAUUGAUAGAUGUAUGCGCCCUCAACGAAUUACGUUUCAACAACACAUAUUUUGAUCAUAAGGAACAACAAAAGUACACCUUCGCUAACACGAGAGGCCAAAAAUCAACUAUUGACUACAUAAUUACAAACAGGAAAGUCCACCCCUCCCAGAUACUUGACGUACGGGUAUUAACAUCGGCAAAUAUCGGCACACAACACGGUUUAUUAUUGUGUAAAUACCGCGUAUCCCACAUAAUAAAGAAAAGAAAAACACCCAACUACGUAUCGAAAUUUAAUAUAGAGUCGCUUAAGGAUGAAAGCAUUAAAUACCUCUAUCAAAACAGACUCCGCGAAAAAAUUGUCCAAAACCCUAUAAAAGAAACCGACAACGUAGAAGCCGCCUGGGAGAAACUAAAGAAUAACAUAAAGAACAGCGCAAAGGAAUCCCUAGGAGAAAGAACAAUAGACACGAAUAGAACACACAAUAAACCCUGGUUCACUCUGGAAAUUAAGGAACUGGCAAAUGAAAAAAAGAAAGCGUACAUAAAAUACAUUACCAAUAGAACACAGGAAGAAUACGAAGUCUAUAAAAGAGUGAGAAAUAGAACAACCAACACAAUAAAAGAACUGAAAAAAAACAUACUGGGAAAAUUUCUCAGUGGAAAUGGAACAUGA